GAUGGCGGCGCCCACGGGCCGUCACGCAGGGGCGCCGCCAUCGCAGCCGCCGGACCAGCGGAGGCCGCGCUCUGGGUAGCCGCCAUGUCGGUCUCCAGCUGCGGCCAGAUUCUGACAAAGCCGGAGACCGUGGGCCGGAGGAGAAGUGCAGGAACGGCCGACGAGGGCAGACAUCCAUCGCAGAUGGCUUUGUCCGAGCCCGGGGCUGGCGCCGCGGGAUCAGUAACAUUCAAAGAUGUGACUAUGGCCUUUACCCAGAAGGAAUGGGAGCAACUGGAUCCUGCUCAGAAGAACCUAUACAAGGAUGUGAUGCUGGAGAACUACAGCAACCUAGCCUCAAUGGGGUGUCAAGCUCCAAAACCAGACAUGAUCUCUAAGUUGGAAAAAGGAGAAGAGCCAUGGUUGGGGAAGGAAAAAAGGCCCACUCAAUGUCAUUCAAAUAAAAUAGCAAGACCCAAGCAAACAGGAACCAAUGGAAAAGUCCAGCAAGAUGAUGAUCAGCUUGAGAGUAACCAGAAAUCUCGAAACAAACUCCUUAGGGAAGUUGCAGUCAAGAAGAAAACUCUGACUAAGAAGAAAAGUAGUGAGUGUGGUUCAUUGGGGAAAAAAAAUAACAUGAGUACAAAAUGUGUUUCUUCAAAAAAACGGCUUCUUAAAUUUGAUUCAUGUGGAAAGAGUUUGAAACAGAAUGUAGACUUACCUGAUCAUACAAGAAACUGUGCAAAAAAGAAAUCUGAUACAGCUAAAGAACACAGGAAGUCAUUCAGCUGUAAUUUAUCUGAUACACAGAAAAUCAAAAAACAAACUGGAAAGAAACGUGAGAAAUUAUCCAACCGUAAGUCAUCUGGUAAGUGUGAAAAAACUAAAACUGGCAAGAAACAUGAGAAAUUAUGCCAUCAUAGCCCAUCCCGUGCUAAGCGGGACAAAAUUGAAACUGGAGAGAAACAUGCGAAAUCAUCCAAGCUUAGCUCAUCUACUAAGCACGACAAAACUGAGGCUUCUGUGAAGCCCUAUGAAUGUAAUCAAUGUGGGAAAGUUCUCAGCCAUAAACAAGGACUCAUUGACCAUCAGAGAAUUCAUACUGGGGAGAAACCAUAUGAAUGUAAUGAAUGUGGGAUAGCCUUUAGCCAAAAGUCACACCUUGUUGUACAUCAGAGAACUCACACUGGAGAAAAACCAUAUGAAUGUAUUCAGUGUGGCAAAGCCCAUGGUCAUAAACAUGCUCUCACUGAUCAUCUAAGAAUUCAUACUGGUGAAAAGCCCUAUGAAUGUACUGAAUGUGGGAAAACCUUCAGACACAGCUCAAACCUUAUGCAACAUGUGAGAUCUCAUACAGGUGAGAAGCCCUAUGAAUGUAAGGAAUGUGGAAAAUCCUUUAGGUAUAACUCCUCUCUUACUGAACAUGUAAGAACUCAUACAGGUGAAAUACCAUAUGAAUGCAAUGAAUGUGGAAAAGCCUUUAAGUAUAGCUCAUCUCUUACUAAACAUAUGAGAAUUCAUACGGGUGAGAAACCUUUUGAAUGUGAUGAAUGUGGAAAAGCUUUCAGCAAGAAAUCACACCUCAUUAUACAUCAAAGAACUCAUACUAAGGAGAAACCUUAUAAAUGUAAUGAAUGUGGAAAAGCCUUUGGACAUAGCUCAUCACUUACUUACCAUAUGAGAACUCACACAGGUGAAAGUCCCUUUGAAUGUAAUCAAUGUGGAAAGGGCUUUAAACAAAUCGAAGGCCUUACUCAACAUCAGAGAGUUCAUACUGGGGAAAAACCCUAUGAGUGUAAGGAGUGUGGGAAAUCCUUCAGCCAAAAGUCACACCUCAUUGUACAUCAAAGAACUCAUACUGGCGAGAAACCAUAUGAGUGUAAUGAAUGUGGAAAAGCCUUCAAUGCAAAGUCACAACUUGUUAUACAUCAGAGAUCUCACACUGGAGAAAAACCCUAUGAAUGUAAUGAAUGUGGGAAAGCCUUCAAACAAAAUGCAUCCCUUACCAAACAUGUGAAAACUCAUUCAGAAGAGAAAUCUCAUGAGAGAAAUUAAUGUGAGAAAUCUGCUAACUAAACUUAAAGUUUUGUUUAACUUUGGAAAUAUUCUGAAUUUAAAGAAUGUCAGAAAGCCUUUAACAAGAAGUCACACCUUGUAACAUAUGAGAAAAUUUGAAAAUGGAUCUUCACAUAGAAGUGAUGGAUGGAAACAAGGGUUUAAACUUGAUAUUAAAACUUUUAUAGAAAAUAAUGUUUUGAAAAUGCUCAAUUAUUUAAAUGUUCUACAUGUUCAGAUUGAUGUAUAAAGCUUCAAAAUGUUGUCAAUAAGUUGAAUAAUCAGAGCAAUGGAGGAAUAAGUUACAUAUGCUGAACAAUUCCCAAGUUGCCUGUGUGUUACGUACUUAAGCACCAUGUUUUAGAAUUGAAUUUGUGUAUCUCUUUUUUGCCUUGCAUAAAUGAGUGUGACCAUUUGUAUAUGUUGCCUCUUUGAUAUUAUGUCCCAGCUCUUUCUUAAUUCUAUGUUAGCUUCUGCAUCAGCAGAAAUCUUUAUAAAAGUGUUAUUUAUGUAAGAAAUGUUAACAGAAAAUUGAGAAAAAAAUGAAAGAAAGCAGCUGUGGAUACAAAUGUGCUGGUAGGGAAUGAUGUCCAACAUAUACUGUGAUGUAUAAAGAAGCAAGUUGCUUAAACAUGUAUAAUAGUAUGUUCCCAUUUGUGUACAAAAAGUUGUGUUUACCUGUCUCUCUGUGUCUCUUUCUCUGUGUAUGUAUGUAUGUAUAUAUCCAUAAAUUGUUAUGUUAAUAGGCCUUCAAAUAUACAGAAGAAACUUAAUGGUGGUUGCCUUUUGGCACAGGAGUACAAGAUUGGGGUCUGGGAUGAGAGCAAGACUUCCUUUUAUUGUAUACUGUUUGAAUAUUUUAUCAUAUAUGUGUAUUAUUUUUAUAAUUAAAAUACUUUUAAUAUGCAUAAAU